GGUUUAACGCAAAGUUCCAUCGCCGUUCUUUGGGGGCAUUUCAUCAUUCACUUCCCACCAUUAAUGGAUCUCUUCAUCGCUGUUCCCCUCCUUCCCACCACUCCACUUCUUUCCGCUCGGUUCUAGGCGCCCACUGAGGGACGGAUUGAUCCAUCCUUUCUCGCAUUGUUUCCGUUCCUCCUCCUUUUGUGGUUCGAUUUAGCUUCAAUGGCGUCUUCGGGCAAUUUCUUGCUUGUUUUCGCUCUGGCGACGUUGAUUUUUGUGGUGGCUGCUUGGGAUGUUGGGACCCGGAUUACGCUUGACCAGCAUGGCAUUCGAAACUCCUCAAUCAAAGCAUUGAUUGCCACAGCUUCUGCAAGCGGGUAUGACAAAGGUGCAUCGACUGUUGAGUUUGUUAAAGAAAACUAUUCAUCUUCACAGAUGACAAAUGAACUAGACGGUGCUGAUCAGCCCAACAAUUCCUCUUCAGAUAAGAGUAGAGAAGCUGGUUUGAGUAUUGAAAAGAUUUGUUACGACAAGUGUGAAAACAUUGCUUCUAUCAGUGUGCAGACAACGGAAGAAUCAGUUCAACUCCUUGGCACUUCAGCAAAACCCACUCGAAGAAGAUUGGAAGAGGUGAAAAGGGAGAAGAGGGAUAAGAGAGCAGUCAAUCCUGGACAACAAGAUGAUGAAGUAAUAAUUAAGCCUGAAAAUGCUGCUGUUGAGCGAUCAAAAGCAGUGGAUUCUGCGUUUUUGGGAAAAUAUAGCAUAUGGAGGCGAGAAUUUGACAGCGAAAGCUCUGAUUCAACUGUACGAUUGAUUAGAGACCAAAUGAUCAUGGCUAGGGUGUACUCAUCUAUUGCCAAGUCCAAGAAUAAGCUUGGCCUUUACCUAGAAUUACUGAGACAGCUUAAGGAAAGCCAGCGUGCACUGGGAGAUGCCAGUACUGAUUCUGAAAUUCGUCAUAGUGUCUCACAGAGAAUUAAAGAGAUGGGCCAAUUUUUAAUAAAAGCAAGAGACCAAUUGUUUGAGUGCAAAGCAGUAACCCGGGAUCUUCGCUCUAUGCUUCAAUCUGCUGAUGAACAGGUCAGGGGGCUGAAGAAACAGAGCACAUUUCUAAGCCAGUUGGUUGCAAAAACAAUCCCCAAUGGAAUCCAUUGCUUAUCUAUGCGCCUAAGCAUAGAUUACUACCUACUACCACCCGAGAAAAGGAAAUUUCCUAGAAGUGAGAAUUUGGAAAAUCCCAAUCUAUAUCAUUAUGCUCUCUUCUCUGACAAUGUAUUGGCUGCAUCUGUAGUUGUCAACUCUACCAUCAUGAAUGCCAAGGACCCACAGAAGCACGUCUUUCAUUUGGUUACUGAUAAAUUGAACUUUGGAGCAAUGAAUAUGUGGUUUCUUCUGAAUCCUCCUGGUGAGGCAACCAUUCACGUGGAAAAUGUGGAUGACUUUAAAUGGCUGAAUUCUUCAUAUUGUCCAGUUCUUCGACAGCUUGAGUCUUCUGCCAUGAAAGAGUACUAUUUUCGGGCCAAUCAUCCUACCACGAUCUCUGCAGGUUCUUCCAAUUUAAAAUAUCGAAACCCCAAAUACCUCUCAAUGCUGAACCAUUUAAGGUUUUAUCUGCCAGAGGUUUAUCCUAAGUUGGAUAAAAUCUUGUUUCUGGAUGAUGAUAUUGUUGUUCAGAAGGAUUUGACAGGAUUGUGGUCGGUGGAUCUUAAGGGAAAUGUAAAUGGUGCUGUGGAGACCUGUGGUGAAAGUUUUCACCGUUUUGACAAAUAUCUCAAUUUCUCGAACCCUCAUAUUUCUCAAAAUUUUGAUCCCAACGCCUGUGGAUGGGCUUAUGGAAUGAAUCUUUUUGAUCUCAAAGUGUGGAAGAAGAAGGAUAUUACUGGAAUUUAUCACAAGUGGCAGACACUGAAUGCAAACAGAUCACUAUGGAAACUCGGCACACUGCCGCCUGGACUGAUAACAUUCUAUGGGUUAACAUAUCCCCUGAACAAAUCAUGGCAUGUUCUUGGAUUGGGAUAUAACCCCAGCAUCGAUCCUGCAAAGAUCAAGAAAGCUGCUGUUAUUCACUACAAUGGCAAUAUGAAACCUUGGUUGGAGCUGGCAAUGGCCAGGUACAGGCCAUAUUGGUCCAAAUACAUCACUUACAACGACCCAUACGUGCAGACUUGCAAGCUUACUUCAGUAUAUAGUCAGAGCUGAUUAGGAAGGAGAACCAUUUAUGCAGGAUAUGUUGAUACUGGGAGCUGCUGUUCUGCAAUGCUGGACAUAGAAAAAAAAAAAAAUUCACGUUGCUAGUGCUUCUUCUGUCUCUAAAUAUCAUUUUUUUUUUCUUUCUAAUAAUCAUUCUGUUUUUUUUUUUAUCUUUCCAUUUCUUAUGAAGAAGAAUAUUUGUCAACCUUGUAAAGCUGCAUUAGCCAAUGAGACCACUAAUCUGAUUUUAAGCAGGAUUCUUUCCCA